CCAGGCUGGUGCCGUGGGAAUCUUGUUUAGGCUCGGUCUCUCUCCCCCAGCGCUGCUUUCCUGGGACGCUGCCCUCCAGGAGAGAAACCCCAGGCCGGAGGGAGCCAAACUUAAAGUCAUGCCCCAGGGCCCGGUGACAUUUGGGGAUGUGGCUGUAGAUUUCUCCCAAGAGGAGUGGGAAUGGCUGAAUAGCACGCAGAGGAGUUUGUAUAGGAAGGUGAUGUUGGAGAACUACUGGAACCUGGCGUCGCUCGGCCUCUGUGCUUCUAAACCUGAUAUGAUCUCCUCAUUGGAGCAAGGACAAGAUCCUUGGGUGGCGAGAAGAAAGCGGACAGGAAGCCAGUACCCUGAUUGGAAAGCUGUGUGUGAGACCAAGGAGUUACCUCCAAAGAAGGACUCACUUGAGGAGAAGUUGUCCGGGGCAGCGGGAGCAGAGAGGCAUACAAACUACAGCCUGGAGUACUCUCUGCUGGGGGAGAGCUGGAAUUAUGAUUCUCUGUUCGAGACACAGCCAGGCAUGGUGACCAUCGCGAAUGUGGCUGUAGACUUCGCCUCGCAGCUGGAGCCAGUGCAGAAGAGUUUCUGUAAGACUGUGCUAUGGGAGAGCCGUGGUGGCCUGGGGGCCCUAGGUCACUGUGUUUCUAAGCCAGAUUUAGUGGCUUUCCUGGAGUCGGGGCAGGAGCGCUGGGUCGUGCAGAGAGAGCUGGCGGCAGGCUUUCUCCCAGGCCAGCGAUCUGUACAUGAGACCCAGGAAUUAUUUCUGAAGCAGAGCUCAUAUGCCAAGAUGGUCGCAGACAGGACUGCAGACGCUAACCUUGACUGUUCCACUUUCCAAGGCUGUUGGGAUUCUGAGAGUGUGUUUGCAAGGAAGCUAGCUGAUCAAGAAAUACAACUCAGGCAAGAAGCUGCUUCCCAUAACAGAGGUCCCCCACAGGGGAGAGAGCAUGUGUAUAACACAUCUGGAAGAUGGUUCCCUUUGGACGAUUCGGAAGAAAGAGUUCAUAAUGGCGUUUCAGGUAAAAGUUUGAGAAAACCCUCAGUAUUAAUAAAACAGACAGGAAUCUAUGCGGGAAAAAAGCUUUUCAAAUGCAAUGAAUGUAAGAAAACUUUUACCCAGAGCUCAUCCCUUACUGUCCAUCAGAGGAUUCACACCGGAGAGAAGCCCUACAAAUGUAACGAGUGCGGAAAGGCCUUCAGUGACGGCUCCUCCUUCGCCCGGCAUCAGAGGUGUCACACGGGCAAGAAGCCCUAUGAGUGUGUGGAGUGUGGAAAAGCCUUCAUACAGAACACGUCCCUCGUCCGUCACUGGAGAUACUACCACACGGGGGAGAAGCCCUUUGACUGUGUCGACUGUGGGAAGGCGUUCAGCGAUCACAUAGGGCUUAAUCAGCACAGGAGGAUUCACACCGGAGAGAAACCUUACAAGUGCGAUGUGUGCCGCAAAUCCUUUAGGUACGGCUCUUCCCUUACCGUCCAUCAGAGGAUUCACACUGGAGAGAAACCGUACGAGUGUGACGUUUGCAGGAAAGCCUUCAGCCAUCAUGCCUCACUCACGCAGCACCAAAGAGUGCAUUCUGGGGAGAAGCCUUUUCAGUGUAAAGAGUGCGGGAAAGCGUUCCGGCAGAACAUACACCUCGCGAGUCACCUGAGGAUCCACACGGGCGAGAAGCCCUUUGAGUGCAGGCAGUGUGGGAAGGCCUUUAGCAUCAGCUCCCAGCUUGCCACUCACCAGAGGAUCCACACGGGCGAGAAGCCCUAUGAGUGCAAGGUCUGCAGCAAAGCCUUCACCCAGAAGGCCCACCUCGCCCAGCACCAGAAGACUCACACAGGUGAGAAGCCGUACGAGUGCAAGGAGUGUGGCAAGGCCUUCAGCCAGACCACGCACCUCAUCCAGCACCAGAGGGUUCACACCGGAGAGAAGCCCUACAAGUGCGUGGAGUGUGGGAAGGCCUUCGGCGACAACUCGUCGUGCACCCAGCACCAGAGACUGCACACCGGCCAGAGGCCUUACGAGUGCAUUGAGUGUGGGAAGGCCUUCAAGACAAAGUCGUCCCUCAUUUGCCACCGCAGGAGCCACACUGGAGAAAAACCUUAUGAGUGUGGUGCAUGUGGCAAAGCCUUCAGCCACCGCCAGUCCCUGAGUGUGCAUCAGAGGAUUCAUUCGGGGAAGAAGCCGUAUGAGUGUAAGGAGUGCAGGAAAACCUUUAUCCAGAUUGGACACCUCAACCAACACAAGAGAGUGCACACUGGAGAGCGAGCCUGUGACUACAAGAAGAGCAGGAGAGUCUUCAAGCAGGCUGCACACUUUGCCCACCACCAGCGAGUCCACUCUGGAGAGGCAUCCACUCGCCCCUCCUUGUCUUCAGCAUCAAGUCCUGUGCAGCUGUUCCCCAAGUUCCUCUGGAACCCUUCCCCCCUGCCCUCGUCAUAGUCCCAAGACACUGCCAUCUGCAUACGCGCCAGUCACUUACAGACUCGUCUCUCUGCUCUUCUGUUUCGGUCCCUGACAAAUUUGCUCUUCACGUUACAGUCAGACUGAUUGUUUUAAAAAGCAGAAAUGUAAUUCACUCACAUAAAGCUCAUAUUGUGAUCCUGUCACGUGGUUAAUGCAUAGCAUGUGCCUAGCACAGUGCCUGGUCAUACUAAGUAUCCACCAAACUUAGUUUUUUUUAAAAAAACAUUAUUUUUGAACAUUGAAAAGUUACCACAGUCAGCUCUAAUAAAAAGUGAUGCAGUAGGACAAGGCUAGGAGAAAUUGGAUUUUAGAUCAGGAAUGGAGCACUUGAGGCAGUGAGGUUUUUCCUGUGUUCAUUUGAAACUCGAUUCCCUCGUGCCAAGUUGUAUCGUGGCCUUUCAUUCAGCCUACUUGAGUGUACGGUGGAAACAUUCAACUUGACUGUGGCCUUGGAUGACAUGGUUACACACCAUGGAAUGUGAGUAGGCCAACUGGAAAAGUGGGCUAAAUCAACCAGAAAAAGAUUUAUAUGCAUAAAGUUAAAACUACCGCCAUUACCUGAGAAUGAGAACACAGCAGGACUCGUCCAUUCGAAGCUGGGAAUACUGUUUCACUUUCAGGGACGCUGGGGCAAACAGCUAAAGCAGAGUUAGCAAGCUGUAACUCGUGGUCAGAGUACCACUGAACUUUUUAUGGCCCAUUAUAUCAAAAUUUAAAAAUUUUCAAGUGGUUAAAAAUGAAAAGAAUAUCUCUAAUAUAACGUUGUGAAAUUUAAAUUUCAGUGUCUGUAAAUAGUUUCAUUGGCAGGCAGCCACCCAACUCAUUUGCCUACUGUCUGUGGCUGCUUUCGGGCUAUGACAGCAAAGUUGAAUCGUUCACAAAGACCACGUGGCUUGACCACCAGCUGCCGGUGCCUUCACAGAAGCCAGUCCUGCACUAGGGUUUCCUGAGAAACUGCAGCUCAUGAGCCGCAUCCUGUCUGCUGCUGGUUUUGUAACAGUUUUAUUGACCACAGCCACACUUUUUACCACAGCAGCAGAGUUGAGCACCUGUAACAGACUGUGGCCUGCAGAGCCCCAGACGGUUACUGUUCAGCAGAACAUUUGCCAGCCGCUCCUCUAUAGAGUAGAGGAAACUACACAGAGGUGAUACAGCUCUUACACACAAGAAAACAGACUAAAAGUAACAUAUGAAAAAUGAAAUUAAAAAGUAUCAAUGUCAAUAAAGGGAGAAAUGAUUUUUAGGCUAAGUAAUCAGUAUUGAAGUGUUUGUUAAUUAUGAUUGGAAAACAGUCCCAGUAAGAUAUGUUUACUUUGGUGUUUUUUUCUGAAACAUGGAAAUGAGGCAAGAAUAACAAAAAUACUUUUGAAAUAAUUUUUUUUCCAUAUGAGGUUUGUAAUGCCAUGAUGGUAUUUCGUUACUGGGGAAACGAUAUUUUGAUAAUUGGCUGUCCACAUCUCCAGUGGAAGAAGCACAUUUAUGCCUUACAGGUAACGGUGAGACAACUGUGUUUAAUUCACACCUCCAGUUGUAAGAAGCACAGGCAGACAGGUAAGGGGAUGCCUUUCAAAGUAGGACAUGUGGUCCUAGAAGCCACAAAGGCAUAAAACAAGUUGGCCUACACAACAAUUUAAAACCAGUCACCAAAAACAUGUAAAAGUCAACUGAUAGAAAACGUAUGCAGCCCAUAAAAUAUGCCAGUUAGGAACAGUGUUCCUCCUACAGAGCAGUGUAGGAAAAUCGACAAAGCCGACAGAAAGAGAAGUCACACACUGCUGAAGCAUUCAAGUACAUGAACUCUGAAUUUCUCGGCCUCGUGUCAAGACAAAAAAAAAAAUACAAAUGAAAACAAAAUUCCUUGGCCCUUAGAUGGAUUAAAGUCUAAAAUGUGUGUAAUAGCCAGCCCUGGUGUCACGAGAGAGACCAGGUCCUUGUUUAGUGUCAAUCUGUCUCCUUCCUCUCUUGAAGACUGACCUGGCACGACCUGUCAUCAUUACUCCAGAUCUAGGAAUUUUAUCCCACUGGAAUAAAGAGGUGUAUGUAAUGUUUACUGCAGAAUUUAAAAAAUCAUGACAAAUAGUUCUGUGUCCUGCCAAGCAGAUUGCCUAAAUUAUGGUUAUUUAGUGCUGUAUUGCACAGUUUUCAGAAACAGGUUGAGCAUUGUGUACACUUCUGCAGAGGACUGUCCGUGUUACGUUAAGUGAAAUAUGACAUUUGCAGAACCAUAUGUGUAAAAUGUAAUCUGAAUGUUUGUGUGUGUGCACAUUCAGGGUAUACAUUGGAAUGUUUUUGUCUUUAACCCACAUGCUUUUUUUUGGUUUUUUUUUUGCUUGUUAUGGGGACUUUUCUUUACUGUGCAUUCUGGUGAGCUGUCAGCCACACAUGGCUCCAGUUAAGCCAACCAGAUUUUUCAUUUUUUGUGUUGAUUGGAGACACAGGGGUAGAAGCAGGACUAAUAUUCAGCUUCAUGAACCAGUAGAGACGUAAUGGUGUUUUGUGGUGCGGAUGGGGGGUGCUGGAGAUUGAACUCAGGACCUUGCACUUGCAAGGCAGGUGGCAGCACCACUGAGCUAAAUCCCCUGCCAGACAGAUGUUUAUGUUUAGUCCAUAUUCACUGUGACUGGCUGGAGCCCUCAUUGUACUAGCUGCUUGAUACCUGGACUAUCACUCCAGGUCUGCACAUAGUUUGAAUUGAGGCAUCUUUUGGUAGCCACAUAAGAUUUCUGUAUCUGUCACUGGGAUCCUUUGAAAUGAUUCCUGCUUUGUCACAUCCUGGUUUUCUCAGUUCUGGUGCUUAAUUUCUAAUUUUAAAUUAAAGUUAAGCUCUUUUGUUCUCAACCAAAGAAAGCAAACCAAUACGAAAGUUGAUACUAGAGGGUGAUUGUCAGGCUGUAGAAAAGCAGGGUAGUGAAGAUUGUUGAGCCAGCUAGUUCAAGAGAGAGAAGCUCCUACGCCGUUUUAUUCAAGGGCAGGCGGUCCCUGGUACAGCAGGAUCCUAAGUCCAUUGUGUCUCAUCGGCGGAUGGCACCUAGAAAAACUAUGGGUGUCAGCGAAUGCUGUCCCCGUGUUAGUAAUGAAAUUGGAUAGUUGAUAUGAAAGGUUCCAGGGUCUUUGUGAUUGUUGGGAGUAUCUCUUACUGGUUCUAGCCGUGGAGCUGCAGUCGCUGUGUCUGAGCUGUGGUGCUUGCUGCACCCCCAGCAGGGAUGAUUUCUCAGAAAACUUUGACCCCCCCCUUAGAAACCCCACUCGCAACCCACUUUCCACACUGCCCUUGUGACUGAAAACUCAGUUGUCCCUCAACAGUAUUGCUUACUCGGUAAACAGAAAGUUGGAAAUUAACCUGUGGUGUGAAACACAGAAAGGUAGAUUCAUUUCACCCAGAAAUAUUUACCAGUUAAGCCUUUACCAGUUAAGCCAUUGAAAAUUGAGAGAACAUUUUUCAGAAUAUGUUUGAGUUAAUUAUUUUCCAUAAUAUAUAAGGAUUGGGAGAAACCAAGGAUU